GGAAAGAAAGAGAAGAAGAAGAGGAAGAAGAGAAAACGCGAGCCGCUGCUCCUGCCAAGGCUGCUGUCGUGUGGAUGUAAGGUGCUGUUCUGGAGGCUCCCUCCGUCCAGGAAAACUUUCUGGGAAGGAUGUGCAGGAAUUCUGGGUUUGUUGUCUUGUUGAUGAGCCGCGGAGACGCCGCUGUUUAAACACACGUUUGGAAGAAACCUCGCCAGAAAACCUUCCACACGAGCUCUUCUUGAGUUGCUCUCGACUUUUCCCCCCCGACUGUUUCUUUUCCUAAAGGGAACUACAUCUACAUUUCUCUGACACGCCGAGCCCCGGUUCUCAUUUCAACUCUGUGGGGUCGUAGAUCCACUUUAACCGGCGGGGUCCCGCUGAGCUCCCUUACAAGAAGGUGAUGAGGCGUCGCGGCUGAACAUGGAGCUUUUCUGGAUCUUACUGUUCUCCGUCAUCCACCGCUACACGCGAGGACAGGGAGUUUACGCCCCUGCGAAUGCGCAGAUCGUGCAUGCCGGACAGGCCUGUGUGGUUAAGGAAGAUAAUAUCAGUGAAAGGAUCUACACAAUUCGUGAGGGAGAUACGCUUGUGCUACAGUGCCUGGUCAAGGGACAUCCACGGCCACAGGUGCGGUGGACUAAGACAGCAGGCAGCGCAUCAGACAAGUUCCAGGACACACCCAUCUUCAAUGAGACACUGCGAAUCACCAACAUCCAGAGGGUGCAGGGUGGCCGCUACUACUGCAAGGCUGAGAAUGGGGUCGGGGUGGCUGCCAUCAAGUCCAUCCGGGUAGAUGUGCAAUAUUUGGAUAAACCUGUUCUCACAGUACACCAGACCAUCAGUGAUGUGCGGGGUAACUACUACCAGGAGAAGACGGUGUUUCUGCGCUGUACUGUCAACUCCAAUCCACCAGCUAGAUUUAUCUGGAAACGUGGCAACACACCUAUUGAACAGAGUAAAGACAACGGCGUGGACAUCUAUGAACCUUUAUACACGCAGGGUGAGACUAAGGUGCUAAAGCUGAAGAACCUGCGGCCUCAGGACUUUGCUAACUACACCUGUCAAGUGUCCGUACGCAAUGUGUGCGACAUCCCGGACAGCUCAGUCACCUUCAGUCUAACUAAUGCCACCACUCCUCCGGCCCUGAAGAUAUCCGUGAAUGACACGUACGUGGUGGAUCCCGGGCAGGACGUAACACUGACCUGUGAGGUGACAGCGGGCUUCCCGACGCCCACAGUGACCUGGUCCCGUUAUCCUGGCCCCCUGCCGCGUCGUUCUGUGGUCCGUGGCGGGUCACUCACCCUGCGGUCAGUCACGUCGGCCGAGUCGGGAUUCUACAACUGCACCGCUGUCAACAAUGUGGGCAACCCUGCCAGGAGGAACGUCAACCUCAUAGUUAGAACGAUGAAGAACUUGACGUUCCAGAUCACACCGGACUCCAACAAAGACGGCGAGAGCAUCCAGAUGGGUCGCGACCUCAAGCUGUCCUGCCACGUGGACGCGCAGCCACAGGAUAAGGUCAAUUACACCUGGUAUAAGAAUGGCGCGCCGGUUUACCCAUCAGACAGUCUGAUUGUGCUGCGCAAUGACCCAGACAUGCCCACUGGCACCAGCAGUCUGGAGAUUGUGGACAUGAAGUUCCGAGACCAGGCCACCUACAGCUGUGUGGCCAACUUCCCUGCCAGCAGCGUUCCUGAGCUCCGUGUCGACGUCAACAUCACGCAAAGCAGCGUCAUUCCUCCUGUCCUGAGCGUGCCAGUGGGAGGGAGUGUGGUCAACGUGAGCGAGGGCGGGACUGCAGAGCUCGUUUGCCUGGUGGACGGUAAGCCCCGCCCCCCUGUGCUGUGGUCCCGCGCCAACAAGGACCUGCCCAUGCCAUCGGGCGACUGGGUGGUUGAGACGCGGGACGGGCGGCUGAGGCUGACCAACGUGACGCGAGACAUGAUGGGGGCGUACCGCUGCCAGACAGCACCAUACAACGGCCUCAACAUCAAACGCAGGCUAGCGCAGGUGCAGCUUAACGUGGAAUACCCCCCUGUGGUGGACCCGGUCUUUCAGGAUGUCCGCUCUCCAAACAAUCAGCCCGUCAUCCUCCGCUGCGUGGUUCUGAAGUCCAAUCCCAACCGCAUAGCCAGCGCCCGCUGGUAUCGGAACACCAUUCCCAUCCGGACCCCUCCCGUGGACACCCAGGACGUGCCCCAGCUCCGCUUCAAACUGGACCUCACCAAUAAUGGCACGUAUGAGUGUAAAGUUAGCAAUGGGGUUGGGACCUCUACCUGCACCUUCGUUGUCUCAGCUCGACCCUACAGUGCAGAAUUCUACUUUGACACGCCGAACCCCAUUCGCAUUCUCAAGGGCAAUAACUACUCCUACAACCUGCAGUGGACACAGAAAGAGCCCACCGCUGUGGACAGAAUCAUAGGCUACUGGAUCAAUGUCCAACAGAUGGGCCAAAAGGUGCUUUCCAAACAGAUCAACACCAGAGAGCCAGUAAAAGGUGUGCUGAUGUCCUACACCGUUAUGGACCUGCGGAUCCCUCUGUCCUAUGAGGUGGGGCUCACGCCCAUCACGAGCUUUGCCGCUGGAGACACCGUCACCCGGAUUAUUCAAUACUCUGAACCCUACACCUAUCCAAGACCUUCAGAUCAUGUUUGUGGCUUUGAGGAUGUGCGGAUAUGUGGCUUCUAUCAGGACCGCAGUGAAGUGUUUGAUUGGACCAGACAGAACCACUUGAGUCAAAACCCAAAACGCUCAGUCAACACAGGCCCCGACACGGAUAGGAGUGGAACAAAAGAAGGUUAUUACAUGUACAUAGAGACUUCACGGCCACGACAGAAAGGAGACAAAGCUCGCCUCCUGUCGCCACUCUAUAACGUCACAGCAGCCAGAGGCCCCUCCGGCUCCAGCAGAGUGCCACACUGCAUCUCAUUCUUCUACCACAUGAAGGGCAAACACAUCGGUACUCUGAACGUGCUCCUGAGGGUCAAAAGCAUAGCCACUGUGGAUUCUGUAGUGUGGAGCCGCUCUGGGCACCAGGGCCCUGACUGGCGGAAGGCCAACGUCAUGGUGUACCCCAGCGGACCCUUCCAGGUGGUGUUCGAGGGUAUCCGUGGAGACGGUUUUGAGGGGGACAUCGCCAUUGAUGAUGUUUCGGUUACCAAAGGGAAGUGUACACAGGAGAAACUGCCUGCAGCAGACGUGCUUCCAGGAUCAGCCCAAAGUCUUCGUCCUGUUCUUCUGAGCAUGCCGCUCCUUAGCUCCCUGUGCCUCUGUGUCCUGCUCCUGUCCAGAUGA